AUGGGAGGGGUACCCAGCGUGCUGCUUUGCCUUUGGUGUCGAGGGGGGUGCUCGACGGCGACGGUGGCUGCGGCGCUGACGUUCUUCCCUCCAAGCCCUCCAUGCUACGCGCACAUUGCCGGCACGUUCCCACAUCGACAGAACUUGAAAGACAGCGCGCUCGAAGACCUGGAGCAGAUACAGCAGUACUAG